CUGUCCAAUGACCUGAAGCGCUGCACCUACUACGAGACGUGCGCUACGUACGGCCUGAACGUGGAGCGCGUCUUCCAGGACGUGGCUCAGAAGGUGGUCGCCCUCCGCAAGAAGCAGCAACUUUCCAUAGGUCCAUGCAAGUCCCUCCCCAACUCCCCCAGCCACUCCUCUGUGUCUGCUGCCACCAUUCCAUCCAUGCACAUUAACCAGGCCACAAAUGGUGCCGGAACGUUCAGUGACUACUCCUCUUCCGUCCCCUCUACUCCAAGUAUAAGCCAGCGUGAGCUGCGUAUCGAGACCAUCGCAGCCUCCAGUACACCAACCCCAAUACGCAAGCAGAGCAAGCGUCGUUCCAACAUCUUUACAUCUCGGAGGGGCGCAGAGGUGGACAGAGAGAAGAGAGCCCCGGAUUGUAAAUCUGAGAGUGUUGGCAGUGGAAGAGCCAUUCCUAUCAAACAGGGGGUCCUUCUGAAGAGAAGUGGGAAAUCUCUGAACAAGGAAUGGAAGAAGAAGUACGUGACGCUGUGUGACAACGGGGUCCUGACCUAUCACCCGAGCCUCCACGACUACAUGCAGAACAUUCAUGGGAAGCAGAUCGAUUUACUGCGAACUACGGUGAAGGUUCCGGGGAAGAGACCGCCGAGAGCCGGAGGACCCAACAGCCAAAUUCAGGGACAGACAGGGGGCACACACUCCAGCAACUCUUUGUCUUCGGAGCGCUCAGUCAGUGGUCUCAGUCUGUCGACGUUCAGUGGGAAGAGUGAUGGGGUCAGUCUGACCCAGAGGUCAGAAGGACAUUACGUCUGUAGCGGGGACUGUGGAGGGUGGGUUACACAGUAACAGGUGUCUCUCCAAGUGAUUCUCUCAGUCCAGCUCCAAAUUUGGGGGGCACAGCAAGUCCCAAAACUAGAUCCUCCACCUUCUCCUCAUGCCAACCGCAAGAAGCACCGCAGGAAAAAAAGCAGUGGCCCACAACGUCCUGAGGGGGCCCCCCUACGGGACGAGGAACCAGAAGAAUCGUAUGGCUUUGUGAUCGUGUCACUGACCAGUCAGAGUUGGCACUUCGAAGCUUCGGUGUAUGAAGACCGGGAACUUUGGGUCCAGGCCAUCGAAAGCCAAAUCCUGGCCAGCCUGCAGAGCUGUGAGAGUACCAAAAAUAAGACACGGCUCGGCAGUCAGAGCGACGCUCUCGCCAUUCAGUCAAUCCGGAGUGUGAGGGGGAACAGCUUGUGUGUAGAUUGUGACACUCCCAACCCGGACUGGGCCAGUCUAAACCUUGGAUCUUUGAUGUGUAUAGAGUGCUCGGGAAUUCACCGCAAUCUCGGGACGCAUCUCUCCCGCGUGCGCUCUCUCGAUUUGGAUGACUGGCCGGUUGAGCUUACUAUGGUGAUGAUGGCCAUUGGGAAUAGUCUGGCCAAUGCUGUGUGGGAGCACUGUACGGAGGGGUACAGCAAGCCAACCUCGGAGAGCUCCAGGGAAGAGAGAAGGAGCGGUGGAUCCGCGCCAAGUAUGAGCAGAAGCUCUUCCUGUGCCCCCUGCCGGCCUCCGAUGUCCCCCUGGGGCAGCAGCUCCUGCGCGCAGUAGUGGAGGACGACUUGCGGAUGGUGGUGACGUUGCUCGCUCACGGUACGAAGGAGGAAGUGAACGAAACGUAUGGGGAUGGCGAUGGUCGCUCGGCACUUCACCUCUCGGCAGCAAUGUCCAACGUUGUGUGCACACAGCUCCUCAUCUGGUAUGGUGUGGAUGUGAAGUGCUGCGACGCUCGCAGUCUCACUUCGCUUUCAUACGCCCGUCGGGCUGGCAGCACAGAGUGCGCGGAUAUCCUCCUCCAGUAUGGCUGCCCUAGUGACAGUCCAAGCCCCGCCCUGUAA